AUGGCUGAACAAACAAACUUCCAUCUCGUUCUUGCUAUUAACAACAUCAAGAACUUCAUUCCUAUUACCCUUGAGAUGGAAAAAGUUCAGUAUUCGUCAUGGGCAAAAUUGUUUAAAAUCCAUUGUCGCAUCUACCAAGUCUUCAAUCACAUCAUUCCUCCCACACUGAACUCCACCGACAAGACCAAGGAGAAAACCAAUACCAGUACAGAACCCACACUGAAAUCCACUGACAAGACCAAGGAGAAACCCAAUAUCGAUACAGAACUUUGGUCACGUUUGGAUGUUGUCGUUCUCCAAUGGAUUUAUGGCACAAUAUCGAACGAUCUGUUGCACAUCAUCAUCAAACCCGAUGCUACAACCCAACAAGCAUGGGAAAGGUUAGAAAGUCUUUUCCAGGACAACAAACAUGCUCGUGCUCUCUAUUUGGAAAAUCAAUUUACUCAAGUUCACAUGGAUGCUUUCCCCAACGUCUCAGCUUUUUGCCAAGAACUCAAGAUAAUUGCUGACCAACUCACUAACGUUGAUGCACCGGUUUCCAAUCAAAGGUUAGUGUUACAAUUAAUUGUGGGUUUGAAUGAAAAUUAUGAUGGUGUUGCUACAAUCCUUCAACAGACUUCCCCUUUACCACCAUUUUACGAGGCACGUUCGAGGCUAAUUCUCGAAGAAACCCGCAAGGCUAAGCAAGCCGCAACUGCCGCUAAAGCUGUAGAUAAUGCCCUCCUCACCAACGAUGAUCCAAAGAGCUCCAAUUGCGAUUCGGGUAAUGCAGAAAAUCGCCACAAAAAUGGUCCGAAACGCGUUUCGAAUCGCAAUAAUAAUCGCGGAAAAAAUGAUGGCGGUAGAGGUUGUGGCUGUGGUGGCAGCAACUAUGAAGGAGGCGGCAACAACCCCCAGCAACGUUGCGGGCACCAGCAGUCCCAUUCGUUGACAACAUACCCGCCAUGGGAAAAUUGGAUGCCUUGGGCAGCCCCUCCAUGCCCUUACCCAACUUCUUCUUGGGUUAGACCUCCUGUUUGUCAGGUAUUCUUGGUAGUCGUCCACAGCAAGCAUACGUAG